AUGACCAAAGUCCUUGUCACAGGUGGGACAGGCUUUGUCGCCAGCCACGUCAUUGAUGUUCUUUUGAAGCGAGGGCAUACCGUCAUCACUACUGUCCGUUCACAGGAAAAGGCCAAGGCGGUCAAGGAAGCGUAUCGGGAUGUAUCCCGCGGCAAUCUCGACAUAGUUAUUAUUCCCAACAUUGCUUCAGAGGGUGCUUUUUUUAAAUUGGAAUGUUAUGAGAUUGAGGCGGUGAUCCACUUGGCAAGCCCAUUUCAUUACAACGCUACGGAUCCCAAGAAAGACCUUAUUGACCCCGCGGUUCUUGGCACGACUGGUGUUCUCAAGGCCAUCAGAGAGUUAUGUCCCAACGUCCAGCGUGUCGUUGUCACAUCUUCGUUCGCAGCCAUUUUGAACCCAGGCCUUGCAUCGACGGGAGCUGAGAAGACACAUUCUGAGGAAGACUGGAGCCCGUUGACCCUUGAGGACGCAUACUCAAACGGCUUGAAUGCUUAUGUCGUAUCCAAGCUUCUCGCCGAGAGAGCCGCCUGGGAUUUCAUGGCCACCGAGAAACCCAGCUAUACCUUGUCAACCAUUAACCCGCCCAUGAUAUAUGGGCCCAUCAUACAGCCGGUCAAGUCGCUCUCUGCAGUCAACACUUCCAACCAACUGCUCGCAGAGGUCAUACUCGGAAAGUAUAAGAACGGUCUACCACCGACGGCGCUUCCACUCUGGGUCGAUGUGCGCGACGUUGCGCUCGCCCACGUCAAGGCAAUGGAAACCGAAAGUGCUGCGGGAAAGCGUUUUUUCACCACCGCUGGUUUCUACAGCAACUACGAGCUGGCCAAAAAUGUUUGGGAACACUUCCCUCAGCUGCGCAAGAACCUGCCGGUACCCAGUGACUUUGGAGGGGCGCCGAACCCAGUACUGAAGUCGUUCGGCUUUGACACAUCUCGAACGAAGGAGGUAUUAGGCCUGGAAUGGACACCGUAUGAGAAGACCAUUGUGGACUCAGUCAAGUCUCUGGACGGACUGCAAAAGUGA